UCAUCAGGCUCAGCUCCAGCAGAGCAGGAGGGAGAGGUUUUUACCUGCACCGAGCUCCCCAUCAGGUGCAGGAGCAGGAGGAACAGAGGAGAAGGCAGUGUCAGGCAUCCCAGACACAGGUGCAGCAUGGCAUCUCUGCUGGACAACAUAGCCAGACCUUCUGCUGUCAUUCUGCAGCUCUCUGUGGUGCUUGGUGUAGUCUUUGUGCUGCUGAAGGUGGCCCAAUUCUACCAGAAGAGGAAGAAACUCAUCAAAGCUCUGGAAGUAUUCCCUGGUCCCCCGAAACACUGGCUCUAUGGCCACAAUCACCUGAUAACUACUGAAAACAUAUUAAAUCAGUUAUUGUUAUGGGGCAAUGAAUAUCCCUAUGCCUUUCCAAGAUGGUUUGGACCAGUCCUGCCUACUCUAAUAGUCCACCAUCCUGACUAUGCCAAAGUCAUAGUUAGCCAAACAGAACACAAACCCAGUGUACCCUACAAAUUCUUAACUCCCUGGAUUGGGGAGGGACUGUUGAUUUUGGAGGGAGCCAAAUGGUUCCAGCAUCGGAAGCUGAUCACCCCGGCUUUUCAUUAUGAUGCGCUGAAAACUUAUGUGACCCUGAUGUCAGACUCAGUCAAAGUGAUGCUGGAUAAAUGGGAAAAGAAGAACACAGACAGGAAGUCGGUGGAGCUCUUUCAAGACGUCAGCUUGAUGACACUAGACAGCAUCAUGAAGUGUGCCUUCAGUUAUAAUGCCAACUGCCAGACUGAGAGCAACUCAGACUAUUAUAUCAGGGCUGUUUAUGACCUGAGCUACCUCCUGAGCAAUAGAAUCCAGAAUUUUUCUUACAAGGAUGUCUUCUAUAACUUGACUCGCCAAGGCAGGGAGUUUCAGGAUGCCUGCAAGCGGGCCCAUACCCACACAGAUAAGGUAAUCAAAGAAAGAAAGAUGUUGUUCUCCAGUGAGAAGGACUAUGACAAGAUCCAGAAGAAGAAACACCUGGAUUUUCUGGACAUUCUUCUUUGUACCAAGGAUGCAAAUGGAGUUGGGCUAUCUGAUGAAGACCUGCGGGCUGAGGUGGACACGUUCAUGUUUGAGGGUCAUGAUACCACAGCCAGUGGGAUCUGCUGGCUCUUGUACUGCAUGUCAUUAUAUCCAGAGUACCAGCAACGGUGCAGGGAGGAGAUCCGGGGAAUCUUGGGAGACCGAGAUACUGUUGAGUGGGAGGACCUCGGGAAGAUGAAUUACAUCACGAUGUGCGUCAAAGAGAGCUUGCGCCUGUUCCCACCGGUUCCUUCUGUGUCCCGACGCCUGCAUAAACCUGUCACGUUUCCUGAUGGACGCAGCUUGCCAGCAGGCUGCCAGGUUGCACUGAACAUAUUUGCUAUUCACAGGAACCGGGAUGUGUGGGAGGACCCCGAGGUCUAUGAUCCCCUGAGGUUUUCUCCAGAGAACUCAGCACAGAGGCAUUCCCAUGCUUUCCUCCCUUUCUCUGCUGGAUCCAGGAACUGCAUCGGGCAGCAGUUUGCCAUGAAUGAGAUUAAGGUGGCGCUGGCCCUGACCCUGCUCCGCUUUGAGCUCUGCCCUGACCCAUCCAACCCUCCCACACUGACACCGCAGAUCAUCCUCAGGUCCAGCAGUGGGGUCCAUGUGCAUCUGAAGAAGAUCCACUGAUCCCCUGAGGUACCCCAGCAUGGGUCAAGACCUAUCCCAAGGACCACCCUUUAUCCAGACGGGAACACCAACCAGACUCACCCUGGCCACCUCAGACCUCUCCCACAUUAACCUCCUGCUGCUGUCCAGGGGGGCACACUGAGCCCUUUCAUACACACACUGAACCCAGCAGGUCCAGGUCCCCUCCUUGCACCAGGAAUAGCACUGCCAAGUGGGUUUCAGAGCACAGCUAUGGCUCAAGCUUCAUCUCCAUGGGCAUCCUCCAUGUCCUGCUCAUCUCCUCACACACUGCCUGAUGGCACCUCUGUCACCCUCAUGUCUAUAUGCAUUGUUACCAGUUCCCUGCUUGGGCAUGACAAUGAAACCAGCAAGGGUUGUAUGGCUGUCUAAAGCCUGAACACUGUCCCAGCACAAUAUCCCUCUCCUACCCACA